UAUACAUAUUAACCAAUGCCCACCCUAAGUGUUUUUUAUUCUCUCAAUGCUAAUGAUGAAGCUAUUGGUGGAAGUUAAAUUAAAAUUAAAUAUUAUUGAUCAAAGUAUACAACUAUAAAACCAAAGUAAAUUAUUCUUUAAACCUUUCAAUACUCUCUAUGGGCUACUUUCCAUAGCCAAUGCUAUACACAAACUUUGGCAUUGCCUAACUUUUUCCAUAAACAAUACCAAACAAAAUAUGGGAUUCUCCAAAACCUUUCGGUCUCUUUUGUUAUUGUUCAUUUUAUGUUCUUUAUAUACAAUUUCUCGCAUCAUACAAUAUCAGCAUUUUCUAUCAAUAACAAACUUUUCACCAAAUCAACGAGCUGAAAGGCUUAUAAGAAGCCUUAACUUGUUCCCGAAGGAUCCAGUUACUAUAGUACAUGAUGAUCACUCUGUUGAUUUUGUUCCUGGAAAGAUUGUGGAGAAGAAGUUUUCGUUUUUUGGUGAUUCUGAUGGACUUUCUGUUGAAAAUCUUGGUCAUUAUGCUGGAUACUAUUCGCUUCCUCGUUCAAAAGCGGCAAGGUUGUUCUAUUUUUUCUUUAAAUCACGAAAUAGUACUAAUGAUGACCCAGUUGUCAUAUGGUUGGCAGGAGGUCCAGGUUGUGGGGGUGAAAUAGCUGUGUUUUAUGAGAAUGGUCCUUUUCUAAUUGCCAAUAACAUGUCUCUUGUAUGGAAUGACUAUGGCUGGGAUAAGGCAUCAAAUAUUAUUUUCAUUGACCAACCCAUUGGGACAGGUUUCAGCUAUGCUAAUGAUGUUAAUGAUAUUCCACAUGAUCAAGGUCUUGUUAGUAAUGAUUUGUACCACUUCUUGCAGGAAUUUUUCAAGCAGCACCCUGAGUUUAUUAAGAAUGACUUUUAUAUUACUGGAGAAUCGUAUGCUGGACACUUUGCUCCAGCUCUUGCAUCCCGAAUUCACGAAGGAAAUAAAGACAACAAAGGAAUUACUAUAAACCUCAAGGGUUUCGCUGUUGGGAAUGGAUUGAUCAACCCAAGAAUUCAGUACCCAACAUACAUGCAAUAUACAUUUGAUAUGAAAUUGAUUACAAAGAAGGAAGAUCAAGAACAUCUCAACAAGUUGAUCCUGCAGUGUGAGGAUGGCAUUAAAAAUUGCGAGAAUGAAGGUAAAGAAAGUUGUUUGUUAGCCUUCAAACAAUGUGAUAUAAUGAAUAAUAUCUUGGCCAUUGCUGGCAACAUCAAUUACUUUGACAUCAGAAAAACAUGCGACGGACCAUUGUGUUAUGACUUCUCAAAGAUGCAUACAUUUCUAAAUCAGAAGAAGGUAAGGGAUGCUUUAGGUGUUGGGGACUUGGAGUUUUUUAUAUGCAGUGACAAAGUGUAUGAUGCUAUGAAGGAAGAUUGGAUGAGAAACCUUGAAGCAGAUAUUCCUGCACUUCUUGAAGAUGGAAUCAAAGUUCUUGUAUAUGCAGGUGAAUUUGAUCUUGCUUGCAAUUGGCUUGGGAUUUCAAAUUGGGUUCAUGCCAUGGAGUGGUCAGGUCAAAACCAGUUUGUGGCGUCCAAAUCAGUUCAAUUUUUGGUUGAUGGUAGAAAAGCAGGGUUGUUGAAAAGCUAUGGACCUCUAUCUUUUCUAAAGGUGAAUGGGGCAGGACAUAUGGUCCCUAUGGAUCAACCAAAAGCUGCACUUCAGAUGUUGGUCAACUGGAUGCAAGGGACACUUAAUGAGACAACGUUUAAUGUCUCUCUUUCUUGAUGCAAUCAUGUCAAUACUUCUAGAUAAAAAUAAGAAUAAUCAUAUAUAAUGCACUAAUUUGAGUUUAUUAUAAAAAUCAUACACAGAACAAAUGUGUAUAACUAAUUAAUUAGUUAAGUUUAGUACCAUCUGGUGCAGAAGGAAGAUCAACUCCUUUGGAAACACACAACACUUCUGGUGAAGUCAGUCAGUGUUAAGGAUGCUUAUCAAUUCAUUUCUCCAACUAGUCAGAAGCUUGAUUGCGCAACUCAAUUGGAAUAAUAUUAUUCCCCUUUCCAAGUCCUUUAUGAUGUGGAGGCUUAUCCAUAACAAAACUUUGCUACUGAUGGAUCUUUUCUCCCUUCUAUGUGUAGCUUGUGCUGCAAGAAACCAUAGUCAACAACAGUUCACUUAUUCCUUCAAUGCCCCUUUGCUCUUUCUAUUUGGAAAUGGUUUUCAUCUGAUGUUAGUCUCAAUGUUAAUCUCACUUCAAUUGUAGAUGUAUUAAAUUAGUAAGUAGAGGGUAGAGUCCUCAAUGUCAGGUGCGACCGCGACAGUGGGAGUUUUGUUAUUAUGCAAUACUGAAAUUGUAUCUCAAGAAAAGGUUUGUUUGCUAUUCUGUUCCUGAGAUUGUAUUUCAGGAAGGGGAGUGUUCUACUUCUAUGUAAUACUAAAAUAUAUUUUAGGAAGAUAACAUCUUUAUGCUAUUCUGGGAGUUU